GGAAAAUCCCAUUGAAAACGAAAGUGGAUUUUGUUUUUGGAUUUGAAUAAUGGACAAAGGAACAAAGUUUACAUUUCCUGCCUCAUUUUACCCGAGGUACCGACACUUAAAGCAGCGACUUGCUGAAUUAGUGCCACGAUUAUGUCGUAUCACAGAAGCUGGCAGCCUGCCUGAUGCUACGUUGAAUGGGAGAGAACUGCUGAAGGAGAUUGUACAGUCUGCGGAGCACUUCAGAAGCAGCGUCACUCUCUAUGUUUUUGAUGAGCCAAAGGGACUAAAGAAACCAGAUCUCUUCGUACAGAAUCAUGUAUCAUAUGGAGAUGACAAGGAGGAUCACAAACGUACCACCUGGUCCGAGUUCCAAUCAUCAACAGGGAAUGCCUCUAUGUACGAAUGUACCAUCUGUGUGUGUGUGGUCACGUCUGCCAAGAAUUUCUUGGAGUUUCUGAAGAGUACAACGAUGUUGCUGACAAAUGUGCAGAAGGGUAACAUUGUCAUCUACAGCACACAAGACUGUAAAUGUUACCGGUAUUACGACAUCUCUGACCAGGAGGACCCAAUUAUAGAGCCCUCCACCCAGUCACUGUCUGCUCUCAUACAGACACUGCUCGAGACCAAAAUCAUGGCAAUGUUUGAGCAAAUAGCAGCAUUUAUCAACAAAUUCAUUCCAAAGGAGGGUGAGGAGCUUGAAGUGCCGAUAAUGUCUGCCAUCGACACAAGCCUGCAGUUGGCCAUGAAGGACGAGAACGUGAUUAUUGACAUCUCCCCCGACAGGGGAAUGCAAGAAACCAAUGAUGGAAAUAUGAAGAUACCAGCAGAUUUGACUGCAUUGGAAAAGAACCAGAUAUUCCGCAGAAAAAUAGUGGCCUAUUUUACCAACAAAAUUAAAUGUACGCUGGUUGAAAACCUUGCUAAGAAAUACGGCCUGUCACAAGCAAUGGUUCUGGAUUUCUUCAAUGAGGGCUUCUUUGGUUUUGACAAGAAGAUGAAGGACUUGACGAGUGGGAUGGAGAACAUGGACUGGGAUACGUCGCGAGGAAUCUCCCAUGGCAUGUUUGUAUGCCGUAUGUUCAUGUACGAUGUCAUUAGGGGGAUGUCGAAACUCAUCAAUGAAGUUGAGGAUUACAUUCAGAGGAAGCUGGAGAUUCUUGGCCUGAUGGAGAAGCUGCAGUUUGAGCUGCAUGGAAUCAUGCAGGUUGCUGACGUAACUGUGGAUACACACAUCCCAGAUAUACCCCAACUACCAACAGAAGUCAUGUGUAAUAUUGUCAGGAUUCCAAGUGUUGAAAGUUGUGGACAUCAGUACGGGAGGCUGGUCUUAAGACUGAAUCAGCAGUUGACUCUGAUGGACCGAAAUGAUGUGGACUACUUUUUGAAGAAGGCCCAGUAUUGCCAUGGUUACAAAACUCAGCUUAUUACAAAGAAAGUCCAAGUUAGUGCUGAUAUUGAUCAAGGCCAUGAGCUUAGGUCAGAAAAUGAAAGAAUUGUAGACAACAAAAAAUACAACUAUUUCAGCUUAGGAUGUUUUGUAAAUAUCAAACCAACGGAUGAAUCUAAACAAGAAAAAGAGGAUCUGUAUGCUCUGACAUGUGGUCACUGUGUUAAGAACUGUAAACCAAAUAUUCAUGUAAAAAAUGGCCUGGAUUACAGAGAGUUUGGCCCAUGCAAUUAUAUGUUGAAUGAAAAUGACUUCCUUGACAUAGCAGCUGUCAAGGUUUCAAAUAAUGUUAUUCGGUCUUGCCAAAAGCACCUCAUGCGGUCAUCAAGAAUGGAAGCAGCACAACACUGGACCUUUUACAGUGGAAAUUUAGCAAGAAGGGUAGUGUACAAACAUGGUAGCAGGACACAAUUAACCCAUGGAAUAGUGGUUGGGCAAGACAACGUGACAAAAGAUAUAGCGAAAUGUAUUGAGAAACUGAAAAAUGAAACAACAGGAUCAGAGAAUGCCCUACCAGUAUUUCAAUUUCUUAUUGAGCCAAAGGUUGAUGUUCCAGAAAAUUCCCGCGUCUUUCAUGGAGGAGACAGAUUGCCAGAUCUAGCGCCAUUUUCCAAGGAUGGAGACAGUGGGGCAGUGGUUUGUAUGGAAGACCCAAAUUCAAACAAGUCCGUGCACGUGGUGGGCCUACUGUGUGGGGAUUACAAGAUGGAUGAUAACACAGGCAGUCACAUAUGCUCCUACGCCAGCGGCAUUCACUCUAUCGUACAGACAUUUGAGAAUAAGUUCAACUGCAAGGUCAUUCCUGCUUGCCAGAGCUCAUCAUAGAACAGACCAGCCAGCAUGUACUCUUCUUGUCCUCCAGAGUGAAUCAUACACAGUGGAUAUGAACACUUUGGCAAUAAUAGCUCUGGCAAGGGCAGAAAUCAAAUUGUACAUUAUUUAAGCUAUUCAAUAGAGUAUUCCAUAAAGUAUGAAUGUUCAUUAUAUUGUACUCAGUGUGUUUCAUUUGUUAAGGAUUUGCUCUGAUUGCUUAUUUUAUAUUUUUGAUUUUAUUUCAAAUAUAUGUUCCAAAGACUUUAUUUUUUUAAUAGAAUUGCAAGUGUGUAUGUAACACUCUAAAGCUGCCUUUAUUUUACAAAUUGAAGAUUUUAACAUUUUUUUCAGAUUUUAAAUUUUUACCAAGCAUUUUAUGCUGCAUCUUAACUCCAACUUGAGUGAAAACUUCAGCGAUGGAGACUCAAGACAAGUAAAGUCUUGGUCUGAUUAUAAGUUAUUAGUCAAAGAUAAUAAGCAAUAGUGUGAAUCUAAUUAAUUUUAUCGGUGUUAAUUCCUUAAGAUUUCAAUAUUUUGAACAUUAAAUGAAAUUUACCUUGUCGUUAAUAGAUGUCAAGAAGUCUAUAUAAAAUAAUAUAAUAUAUAUUUAUGUUUCAUACUUAUAAUUUGUUUGUAGCUUAGUUCAUGAGUUCUUCAUGAUUGAACAAAUGUGUGCUAACAGGAACCUGUUGAAUGGGGGAAAUAGGGGUGAUAUUAGUGCCAUUCUGAUUUGAAUAUUCAUUACCCAUAAAAGAUGUAAACCUGACAUAUGCAGGUUAUUCACAAUGUUUUGAGACUGAGAUGUACAAACUACCAGUAAUCAAAUCAGACAAUUAAGUGUACAGUACUUAAUACUUUAGAUACCAUAUUCAUGACCGUUACUACCAGGUAUAUGCAUAUCAGUUUCCUGUUCCAUACCUUACAGUGAAUUUACGGCAUCAUUGUUACUAUAACAACUCCUGUAGUGGAGCUUGUUGAAAAUAAUGAUUUCAGUAGAAACACAGUUAUGAUUGAACAUAUUACUCCCCAAUGUAUCACAAAAUAGUAUGAUGUUAAAGUGGUGUCAGUUAUUAGUCUGUGCUAUGUUUUGAUGUCAUUUAACAAGCGUUUUCCUUACACUUAAACAUCACCAAUAUAAUGUUGUUGGCUUUUGUCCUCGCCAAAUUUUAACUGACAGUUAUACAAGGCUAUGUCGAUGAAAUAAAAUUAUCAAUGGAAGAAAUAUAAAAGGUAACGAAGGGCUAUUUGGAUGUUUGUCAUUUGUCAGUGAUCAAAACCUUUCAGAGAGUAAAAACACAGAAUGAUAUGGAAAGAAGGCAUAUAUGAUAUUUUCCUACACUGUUAUACAUCACAUGAUAAUUUUGAAGUUAUAUCUAUUGAUACUUUAAUACCUUCACAACAAAUGCACAUGUGAGUGAUACAAACUGGUGUUUAUUGCUAUUUUCCGUAUUUUGUGUUUAUAAAAAGUUACCCGUGUAUAUGUAAAAUGAUAUAUCUAUCUCAAACUAUUUUUAGCUUACUUGAAGGCUUAUAAUGGCAGUUAGUUUGGAAUAUCAAAUUAUUUUUAUAAUCAUAUAGGUAAAUACCAUGUUAUGAUUUAAAUUAAGUUGCCUUUACCCCAUCACUUGUUUGUUAAAGAUUAUCCUGACUUUAAGGAGAUUAUUUGAUAUUCACUGCUGUAAUAAGUAAUAAUUAAUCUCUCAGAUGCCUAUAAUGUAUAACUGGUUUAUUUAUUUCUCUGAUCAAUAUUUCUGAACAAAGUAAUACUUAUGAUGUAAAUACAAUAAAGAUUGAUGAAUGUU